UGCCCGCUCUGCAGUGUCAUUCGCACCAAUACAGACUGUUCUUGUUCGUCCAAAGACUGAGAUGGAUCGACAUGGCGUUACGUACAGAAAUGCUAACAAACGCGUUUUUCAUGUAGGCAGAGCGCCUUGCAGGCAGUACAUCCGCGGUUCUUGCAGAUUUGGCCCAAGCUGUCACUUCUCUCAUGAGCUGCCGGUGUUGCCCUCAGCAGAAAUCUGCAGAUAUUUCCAGAAGGGUGCCUGCUGGUUUGGGGACCGUUGCAGGUAUCAACAUAUCCUUCAGCCAGAUGGCAGUGGUCCAGGCAGCAGAUGGGGCUCAGCCCCCCCUACCCACCCCCCUGGCAUGGGUAACAGAGCCAUCCUGGACCGUAGGGGCUCGGAACCCUCCAUAUCCCAGGCCCAUGGGGCCUACAGCGGGGGCCGGAGGGGCUCAGAGCCCCUGGUGAACGGCAUGGUCAGCCUGCAGCACAGUUUUGAACAUCUCAGUAUGGGCAUUGCUGAGGAAGAGGAGCAGGCUCCCGCAGAGGCUGCAGUCAGGCGGUGUCAGCGGCAAGGUUCCUGGUCACAGCUGCAGCACCGUGGUCAAAACUCUUCUUGGAGGGACUUUCCCCAACGCUGCCCCAGGCCUGCAGCCCUGGGGGUCCGCGCUGGACCAGCGAUGGUGGCCGAGGUCGUGGGGCAGGACUCUGGUGCUGGGAAGCAGUCUCUGGGGAUGACCUCCGGCCAGCAGGAGGCAGCACAGAGUGGGGCGGCGGCCCCCUCCGGCAGAGACUGGCCAGACGAGGCCUACAAGCAGAGCAAAGAUGUCAUGUGCGGGAUCUGCAUGGACAAGGUCUACGAGAAGCCCAGCGCCCAGGAGAGGCGGUUUGGCAUCCUGCCCAACUGCAGCCACGCGUUCUGCCUGGGCUGCAUUGUGACCUGGCGGAAGACCAAAGACUUCCAGGAUGAGGUCAUCAAGGCAUGCCCACAGUGCCGAGUCAAGUCCUCUUACUACAUCCCCAGCAAGUACUGGGUCAGCGAUGGAGACCAGAAGCAAACGCUCAUCACUGCCUUCAAAGAGAAAUCCAGUAAAAUCAGGUGCAAUUUCUUCAUGCGGCACGGGUGCUGCCCCUUCAAGUCCGAGUGCAUCUACCGCCAUGAGCUGCCCAACGGAUACAGACCUCGACGCAGACGCUCGUCUCCUGUGCCCAGCACGUCCAGCUUCGAGGGCCUGGACAGCGACAGCCUGCAGCUCCUGCAUUACAUCAUCGCCCUGGCCCUGCUGGACGAGGACGACGUCCUGGAGGAGGACGACUACUUUCGGCUCUACCUGGAUGAAGACGGAGACCCCCUCUGAGCGGAGCCGCCAAGGGCUGCGGCUAACUUUAGGGCACUCUGGUCCAGCACUCACAUGUGAACUGCUUCUGGUAGCUUACGGAAAACAUACUGUUUGUAGUCCUUUUUAUAUGUGUGGUGUUAAUCCUUCCCUCUGUCUAUAUAAGCUACCCGCUUGCAGAGCAGUGGAGUCACGUGUGACCAUUUAACCCUGGCUGAUCUUUGGCCUCUUCUGUCCAAGUAUCACUGUGCUCUGAACUAAACACGACUGAAUGCACACCUUCUGUUUUCGGGACUUUCGAAGCGACGACUUUGUCGCUUUGUUUGGCAGACAGGUCGGCCGUUAUUUGGUUACCGUAGUUUAUCAGUUUAACCAAAAAGAGAAAUCCUGGACUGCCGAACGACCUUCAGAAAGGCAAAUCGCGAGCCAGGCUCGUGAUGCUGGUCAGGGCCCUGUCGUACGUUUUCCGUAAACGGUGGAAGAAGAAAUUGGCAGGUUUGGUCGAGCAGGCAUCAGUUCCCGGCCACAGCUUCAGUUCGAACGUCUGGCGCUAUCUACCGAGUUGAGUGACGUUUGUGGUUAUGUAAGUGUUCUGAAGGUGGUUGUCUGAUAUUCCCCGUUUAACAUAGUUUUCGAAUUUGUCAAAUGUGCACGCUAGCUGUGUCGUCAUUAACGUGAACUGACUUGCUGUAGUUUUGGGGGAGGGGGGAAGGUGGAAACCCAGUCAUUGUGUACAGGAGGAGUUUUUGCACCAGCCAUCCACUUUGGAACCAGGUUUCAUUGCAACCACUGAUACUGUUACACCUUAAGUUUGACAAUUUUGUAUGAAUGAGAUUUUAAAAAAAGGAAAAACGGUGUGUAUUGUCAGCAGUUAAUUUUAUGUUCGUCUCGAUUGAAUUUGUACUCUGGCGAAGUGCUGUACUUUCCCAGAAUCUUUUCACCCAGUGCUGCGGUUUUAUGCUCCUAUGUGUACAUCCUAAAUCCCCUGUGCUUGUAAAAGCCUUGGUGGCAGGCAGGCAUUACUGUCCCUUAGAAGCAGUGCUGCAGUACAGCAGGCUUACAUGACAGACCGAGGGUGUCCCGUUUUAUUUCUUUUAUAAUCGUAUUCACUUAAAGAAAAAAAAAUAAAACGUUGUUUCACAAGUUGAA